AACUCCUCACCUGAGGGGGAGGCUUCUCCUCUUCCUCCUCUUCCUCCUCUUCCUCCUCACGCGCUGGAACAACAAGGAGGAGAAGAAGAAGAGAGAGUUUAAUUACCAGCUCAGAGCAGCUAACAGUUAGCUUCGUUAGCUGCUGGCUGCUGCAGGUGUGAACCGACCCCCCUGCGGAACACCUGGCUGCAGCACCCGGGAACUCUGGAGCAGACGGGGCUCCGCGUGGUCACCUGUCAGCUACAUGUUCAGUGUGUCCGUGGAUGGAAGUUUGCAGCUCCACGAUGGGACCGGAGAGAGUCUUGCCGAACUCUGAGGACGAGCUGGGGGAGGACGAGCGUCCGGCCGACGGAGCGCUGCUGCCCGUGUGGAGCGGGGGGGAGGGAGGGGGUGAGGAGGAGGAGGUGGGAGACAUGGAGCUGGAGGGAGAGGGAGAGGAGGAGGAGGAAGAGGAGGAGGAGGAGGAGGAGGAGAACAGUGGAGGGUAUUAUUACCAACCUCUGAACCAGGACCCUGAAGGCGUGAACGGUGGCGAGCAGCCGGGGGAGGAGAGGGGGGAGGAGGAGGAGCCCUCCCCCACCGAGCAGCUGCAGCAGGUGCAGCACAGGAUACAGGUGAUGGGUCUGCACCUGCCUGAAGCUCCGCCCCCAGAGAGCGACGAGGAGGACGACCCUGAGGGGGCGGCGGCCCAGAGGAGCCGAGCCUCCAUCCCCAUGGACGCAGACCACGUGGAGCUGGUGAAGAGGACGAUGGCGGCUGUGGCGUUGCCGUCUCUGGCCGUGCCGUCGUGGGCCACUGAGAUCUCAGACGACCAGUGGAAGGACAUGGUCCAGAGCACGCUGCAGAGCCGGCAGAGCGCCGGUGCCCUGCGCCUCACCCGCAGGGGCAACAUCAACGGUCCCUGAACGCACCGCCACAGCUUCAUCAACCUCUACUGACUCUCUACUGUCCCUGAACGCACCGCCACGGCUUCAUCAACCUCUACUGACUCUCUACUGUCCCUGAACGCACCGCCACGGCUUCAUCAACCUCUACUGACUCUCUACUGUCCCUGAACGCACCGCCACGGCUUCAUCAACCUCUACUGACUCUCUACUGUCCCUGAACACACCACGAACACUUCACUGCCCUGCCAGAGGGUUGGGAAAGUAAACAGUGAGUGGUAGUGAACGAGUGAAUCACCUGAAUGUUGUCUUGAUCCGUUUGUUCUUCAGAUUUUAUUUUACUUUUAGACAAUAAAUAAAAGAUUAUUUCUCCGUCAGACUCCCGUGAGUCCAGUGAAAAACUGAUUUUCCUGAUUCUGAGCUAUUUAAAAGCAGAGAACAGAAUCAGUAACCCGUCUCAGCUCUGAGGAGUUAAAUCCCUUUAAAUUGAUCGGGUUCAGGCCUCGGGUCAUAUGUUAGUUUUGAAGUGAGUGAAACCACCUGGGUCCAGGUUCAGUUAGACCUCCAGACCAGGACCGCAGCCGGACUCCAGCUGGACUCUGAUGAGCUGCUGGCUAACGUCCGUCUCCUCAAACCGUCCGGCCGACGUCUGAACUACAGAGCAGUUUGUCUUAAUAUAAAGUUUAAUGUUCAGAAUCAAAGCGCCGGAACACAAUUUUACGAACUCUUUUUUUUUUUAGGAAUCAUUUAAAUCUCUUAAUGUUGAACGUUGAGGACGUUUCUGGGGAAAUGAAAUCAUCUGAAUUUAAAACGUGCUUCUUAGAGAGUAGAUCAGUUAGUGACAGUAAACUCCAGGUGUUUGCUUACUUCCUCUUUAUAAACUAAUCAAGAAAACAUCCUGCAGAUUCUUCAUUAUGUGCAGCCGCUCUGUGAACUUCCUGUUUGGGGUUUUUCAGUGUAAAAUGUUGGAUAUUUAGUCACAUUCCACCUUAAAGCCUUUGAAACCUUGUUUUGAACGAUUAAACGUGUGUGUUGGUAUAAAAGACACACUGGUUGUCAAACAUGUCCACUUUAUUUCUGUUUAUUUUGUUCUGUACAUACAUGAACAUCUGUACAAAAUCAGACUUUCAUACCAUGUAAUGCUCCAACAAAUAAAGUUCAACAUUAUGUACAGGA